AGCCGACACCUGUCUCGGACGCGAUUGAGACGGAAGCGUUUUCGACAGCAGGAGCGGGCAGCGUCCGGCUCGCUAUGCGGAUGAAGCUAUGCUGGCUGGUCCUGUCGUUCGCUGUGUGCGGUGACCUGGUCUCUGGACAGCCUCAGGGCAACUCAUCGUCAGUAUCGGCAACAGACGUCGCCGAUCGUCACAGGAGUCGGCGGGAUGCCGGCAGCUGCUUCUACAAUGGCGAGAUGUACCGGUGCUUUUUCUCCAUCACCUGCAUAUUCUCCGGAGGGAAGCUGAUGCCCGGCUGCGGCAGUCUGCUCUACUCGUGCUGCGUUCCGGAGUCAACCAAGCGGCACAGUGGCACGCGCCACGACCGCGGCUUUCGGUUUCCCUCGCUGCCGCUGACGGUGCCCCGGCUGCCGCCGCCGCGGCUCGUCUUCCGUCGGCCGCCGCCGCAGCAGCGCGGCUUCG